ACUAACAGUGUCGCAGAUCAAACUCCUGCCCCUCUUCUCCAAGACCUUUGGCUCUCGAUGUAUUAUAAAGAGCCUCAUGAGGCCAGCAGUUCUCACACGGCUUUGAAACUGUCACUGCUGCUGCACAAAAGUGAUUUUGUCUCCAUGAUGUGGCUCUUGAUAUUCCUGGUGUGGCUGGUCAUAUGGGCCUGUGGCACAUACUGGUACCUGUUUGGCAAACCGAGCCCUUUCACACUCGAGUCAGUGAGACCCCCUGGGCCUCGCGAGUUCGACCAGAAGAAGCGGGACAAAGUCAUCAAGCAAGGUUUCAGUCUUGACAAAGUGCCCCAGGACCUGGAUGUCAUUGUCAUUGGGAGCGGUAUUGGUGGGCUGGCGACUGGAGCCACACUGGCCAAAGCAGGGAAGAAAGUCCUGGUGCUGGAACAACAUGACCAGGCAGGAGGCUGCUGCCACACCUACAUAGAGAAAGGCUUUGAGUUUGAUGUUGGGCUUCAUUAUAUCGGUCAGCUCCACGAGAACAGUCUGCUGCGCAUCGCCUUCGACCAGCUCUCUGAAGGCCAGCUGGAGUUCCAGCAGCUAAAUCAACAUUUUGACACCAUCCAGAUUGGCCUGGGUGACGAGAAAAGAGAGUACACCAUCUUCUCUGGUAAAACUGAGAUGAAAGCCCAUCUGUCUAAACAAUUCCCUGAUGACACCGAGGCUAUCGAGACGUUCUUCAAAAUCAUGAAGGUCUCAGCUAAGAAGACCCACUACCUGGCAACUCUAAAACUGAUCCCGCAGUGGGUGUCUUUAUUCCUGCUGAAGUCGGGCAUCGCACACCUCGUCUCCCCAGUCUUCCGCCUCACUGGCACAUGUGCAACAGACCUGGUGAACACCCUGACCAGCAACAAGGAUCUCCAAGUCAUCUUUUCUUAUCUUUUCUAUGGCGUGCCUCCAAGGGACUCCAGUAUUCUGAUCAAUGCCCUCCUUAUUCACCACUACAAACGAGGUGCCUACUACCCAAAAGGUGGUGCCAGCGAGAUCGCCUUCCACAUCAUCCGUACCAUUCAGAAAUAUGGAGGAAACUGCCUGGUCAGAGCCCCAGUCUCCCAGAUUCUGGUUAAUGAGGAGGGAGCAGCUUAUGGUGUGAAAGUGAGGAAAGGUCAGGACGAAGUGGAGGUUCAUGCACCUGUUGUUGUUUCAAAUUGCGGCAUCUUCACCACCUUCCAAAAACUUCUUCCCCCUGAGAUUAAAGUCAGGACAGAUAUUCAGGAAAGGCUGAACAUGAUGAAACAUGGCAGAGGAUCAUUCUUGGUCUUCUCUGGCUUUGAUGGAACUCAAGAGGAGCUGGGUCUCGAGUCCACCAACUACUGGCUGUUCAAAAACAAUAACAUGGACAAGUCGAUGGACGACUUCUUUGCAUUGAGCAAAGACGAUGCACCGGAUAACAUCCCCAUGAUGUUCAUCACAAUGCCAUCUGCCAAAGAUCCAGAGGCCAAAAUAAGACACCCUGGAAAAUCUUGCAUGACAAUACUGACGAUGGUGAAGUAUGAGUGGUUUGAGGAAUGGAAGGACACGACAGUGCGCAAAAGGGGCGAUGAAUACUACAACUACAAAAUGAGAUUCGCUAAAAAUCUCUUUGACUGGGCCUGUACUUUGUUCCCUAAAAUCAAAGACAAGUUGGUUUUCCAAGACGUGGCGACCCCACUGACCAACAUGCACUACCUGGGUGCCCAACGUGGAGCCAUGUACUCCGCCGAACACAACCUGGAGCGUUUCCAUGCCGAGGCUGUGGCAAGGAACAGGUGUAACACCCCUGUCAAAAACCUCUACAUUUCAGGUCAAGACGUGUUCAGCUGUGGGAUAGCAGGCGCUUUGCACGGUGGACUCCUCUGCGCCUCGGCAGUGUUAGAUCACAUCGUCUACAUUGACUUGCUCCUCCUCAAGAAGAAGCUGAAGAGGAGGAAAGCCAGAGAGUUGGCUCAGCUGGCUAAGAAGAAGAUGCAGUGAGAGCUCUCUCGACUUCCCCUGCAGGACAUUAAUGAAACUACACAAACCUGGUGCAAAAGGACCCUGGACUGUUGUGGGAAGUUCAAAGGAACACACCACCAGAUCUAUUUUCUAUACCAAGAUUAUAAAGUCCACACAACGUACUGCCAAUAAGUGCACUUUUCUGACAGUUACGAGGAACGGAAGUCCUGCUGUCCUGUCCAGCUGCGGUGAAAACUAUGUCCAGAUAAACUGACAACAUCACAAAUAACUUAUUUUCUGAGCUGAAGCAGUCACACCAUCCUCAGUCAAACCUGUCAGCUGACUUCAGCGAGAGAAGACAGACUGUGAAAAAAUCCAGAAAAACAACGUGUUCCUGGUGGAUCAAUCGGUCUGGCGAUCAAAGCCAACAUACUAGAGUCUAGUAUGACCAGUCUUUAAGCUGCUGGCUCAUCAUAAAGUCCGUGUUUUUGUUGUAUUUUGUCACAUUUACCUCAGAACUGUUAUAGGUUCUUUGACAACGACAUCUGUUCUAGUUGUGAGUUUUAAUGACUUAAAAAUAAAAUAAAAUUUGAAACAUUUCUGCAUUGAAAUGGAUAAAAAAUAACAGGAUCUUUGUUAUGUUUUAUUGAGUUUCGUACUUACAUUAUCCCAAAUGUUUUCAGCAAUUUUCAAACCAAGAGGGAUAAAAUAGCUACUAUAUAGCUAAUUUAAUAGCAAAUUGAAUAGACUAUACUCAAUAAGAAUAUUUGCUAUUUGAUAGUUUAUUGUUUAGUUUGGUGUUUUGAAGAUUGUAAUAUUCUAGUAAUAACAAUAAUAGCUUGCAGUGCAUUUUUUGUGAUUGUGUCACAUAAAGAUCAUGAGGGAAAAAAGUUUUUCUUUACGAACAUUUUGG